UCUCCCAGACCUCUUGUUUUUCUUUAUAAUAAAUUGGCGACAGAGAGGUAUAAAAGCAUGUCAAGAUGUUAUGUUGAAUUUUUUAUGAUACUUACUGUAGCUGUAUAAACAAUUAUUAGACGUGGAGUACAACAUUUCCCAGAUAAAAGUCUGCGGACAGGGAGAGAGUAGAGUUUUCACGAGAAGUGUUCCCAAUGGCUUUGAUGUAUCAGAAAGUGCUGGGUGUGAUAACGCAGCCCCCGGCCUCUAGACCCAAUGCUUUGAUUGAACAGAUACGACCUUGGUUCCAGAAGAAAUCUGACUUGUUUAGGAGGCUGCAGACAGAUAUCAUGAAAGACAUCAUUCGUAAUUGUGAAUUUAUGACGUGCGAAAGGAACGAUAUUAUAAUCCGGCAAGGUGACACGGGUGACAGGUUCUACAUUAUUCUCAGUGGACAAACUUCAAUUUAUCUCAAUAAUAAAUCAGACGAUGAUAAUAACGAAGUGGUGGAGGUUGACCAACAAGACGAAGCAGAGCCGACAUUACCCAAGCCGCUAGACAGGGGUGCCUUGGGGAUAUUUAUCACCACAUUAGAUGAAGGUAAAAGUUUUGGUGAAGUAGCCCUGAUUACUGAGGAUUGUGUCCGUACCGCCACCGUUAUAGCUGACACCAAGACAGAUUUACUGGUCGUCAGCAGAGAACUCUUCAAUCGCUGUCUGAGAGCCGCACAGGAACAAGAGUUUAACGCCAAGAUGGCCUUUGUUAAUAACUGUGAAUAUUUCUGUAGCUGGCAACCAAAAUACAAACGGCAGCUUGCUAUGAGUCUUAUUAGACAAUUUGUGGCUUUUGAUGAAAAACUAAUGAAGCAAGGAGAGCCAGUCAAGGGGAUCUACUUCAUUAUCAGAGGCCAGGUCAAGUUGACCAUGGAGCCGUGGGCUCACUGGACACAAAACUCCACCGUGUGGCGGGCAGACUGCAGCUUCUGGACGCGGCUGGUACCACCAGAACUAGGAAGGUCUCUAGAUGGCAGUCGAAAUCGGAGCUCGGACAAUGGGGACAAUGGACUCACCAAGAGAGAGAGUUCUAGAAAACUAAGACGGCCUUCGCGACGAUCUGUCGAUGUUUGUGUGUGUGCUCCGAUAGAGGCAGUGGGAGACGUAGAAGUUUCACUGGAUACUCCGAGUUAUUUGCAAACAGCCGUUGCCAUUGAACCAUGCGAGACUUUUUUGCUUACGCUGAGAACUUUUGAAAGACUGAUUAAUAGAAAAUAUGCCAAGACAGCCGAUAUGAUCAGAAUGCAGUCUCUGGAUAAAAUUGAAAGAAGAAUGCGUCGCUUUGAGAAGGACGACACCCCUCAGUUCCUGCAAUGUUUACGACUGAAAUUGCAUACUCUAAAUUCACGUUCAGUUUUCAAAAACAAUCCAUGUUUCAGAGAUGCACAUUCUUCCAGACUUUCUUCAAUUUCACAUGAUAUAAAACGACCGCAGCGGAGCCGAAGAUCAUUUUUGCACGACGCUUCUCACAAAAGUCGACAUCCACAAGUUUCCCUUGGUGCAGGACAGACCAUCAACCCUAAUAGUAUAAGAUCUAGAAAUAAACUUAUCGCGAAUGGAACUGGAGCUAACGGAUUAGUGCAGCUGUGUAAGAAAUCCAACAGACUUUACUCAAAAGGUGGCAGCACGUACGAAGGUUCUUUUAGAGACACUGGGUCGAACGGAAUUCUUAGAUUCUCGGUUUACUCAGAUUUGGAAAGGUUGAAUUACUGUUCACACGAUCAAACGUUGCAGUAUCACAAUAUAGAGACUAGGCCGCCUUUUUAUGACUGGCAGACAAGCGACGCGGCCCUGAGCGUUCUGGAGAUGAAAUUGAAAACAUGGCACGCCGAAAUAGAAAGUAAAGAUAGGAAACCAAAAAGGGUGUUUCGUCUUCGUAGGUUUUCUGCUGAUGGUAAUGCACCGCCGUUUCCUGGCCAAAAAGUUUUCGUAUCUUGUUUUCCAAAGGACGGGAAAAGUGAACGAAAAAUAGAGAAUGAUGAUGUUUUUGGUUUCUUUGACGAGAGCGAGGGAGACAGCCCAACUAUACAGCCUACAGACGGAUUCUUUGAAAGCACACCCUCUGAUUAUGUAGCUUUGAAAAGCGGUAUCAACAGUCCCAAUUCAAACCGGCGGUCCCCGGCAGAGGGCGGUAGGAGGGAAACCAUGAUUGAGAUAUUACAAGAAGACAAGAUUCCUCCGAGAGCGAACUAUACCAAGAGAGAUUUCGAGAGGCUACAGACACUUCUAAAGUCGAAGCAAUGAAGCAAAUCCCAGUUCAAUAUAGACGUCGCAGGUGAAGAAGGCUUUCUGCUCAUCUACUAGCUACCACCAUGAACUAUUACACUUGUUUUCCUCUAAAGAAACAAAUAUUAAAAGUAAUGGAAAUACAGACGGAGGACACUUAACACUUGUUUUUCUCAAGAGAAACAAAUUGACUAGGAAUGAAAAUACGAAAUACGAAAAAAGACAAGCUUAUUUUGAAGUAUUUUCAAUUGUAACUUAAGUAGAAUUGAUUGAAAUAUAAUUGUGUAAUGAAGUUUUAUUAAGCACAAGCGUCUUGAGUAGUUUUUUUUUUU